UGUAAAUGAAUUUGUAUACAAUGAAUGAAUACAAAUGUAACUUUGUAGAUAUACAGCUGGGGGGGAUAUGGCAAAAAGAAAUAAAUAAAUAAAAAACUAUCCCGAUACGUGACGUGAUCUUCACGAUACGCAGUACAGUAGGACGAGUAGAAAGUUGAUCUGGUAACUGAGAUGGAUACUCAAUGACUAACUAUACAGCGUGGAGACUCUGGACAAAGGGAUGAUUAACGUCCACGGGAUUUCAACAGCACGCAGUUUAAAUUAUGAAUGCAAACUGUAUUUCUGGAACUUUCUAUCGAAUUUUUUUUCCCCGGGUGAAACCGCUGUAACUGAAACGGUGGAUACGGGGGAUUUACUGUACUGUGUGUAUCAUGAUACAUCAUUUUGCGGAGGUUUCGCUAAACAAAACAACAACAAAAAAGUCUCGCUAUAUGUUCAGAAUUUUAUUUUGUCCAGCAUUUACAGAAAUGAAAGAAUUUCACAAAGAAAAGCUGUAAAAAAAAAAAAAAAAAAGGCUGUGAGUUUAAGCUUUCUGAAUCGGACAGAGAACUAAGCAUGUAAUAUAAUAAUAAUAAUAAUAAACUUUAUUUUUAUAUAGCGCCUUUAAAGCAAGGCACUCUCAAGGCACUUUACACAAUAAGAAAAUAAAAAAAAUACACUGAUCGAAACAUACAAAAACAUAAAACAGACUUGAAUGAAAAAUGGUUAAAACCAUUAAGAAAAAGGUAACCUAAAAAAAUAGCUUUUAGGUUAGAUUUAAAAAUGCUUAAAUUCUUAGCAUGUGUUUUGUUGUUGUAGCUGCUAUAUAACGCAAGGUUCAGUGAAACUAUAAACGGAUCAAAAGUCAUCCUUUCACGAAUGAAAAAAUUGUAAUCGUUGGCGUUUUGCCGUGAUGUAAGAGGAACAAAACAGCGUAGACUGUAAGGCUUUCCCACUUUGCACACACCGAUGGUAAAUGGCUGAUUGUUCUCCAGAGAGCUCGCCGCUGAGGAUGUGCUGCUGCCGAAGGAGCAUGUAGUUCCUGCCUUCACUCAGGAGGAGAACGAGAGGAGGGAAGAACAUGGAAGACUUCGGCACACGGACUUAUGGCACCAGUGGCCUGGACAACAGACCUCUGUUCGGAGAGACUUCGGCAAGGGAUCGGAUAAUCAAUUUAAUAAUUGGUGGACUUGCAACUCUACUAAUGAUAGUGACCAUUAUCAGCGCUUUCGUCUUCCCUGCACUGCCUCCAAAGCCACUCAACAUUUUCUUUGCUGUCUGUAUCCUACUGAUGUCCGGCUCCGUGGUGGUUCUGAUUUACUGGUACAGACAGGGAGACCUGGAGCCUAAAUUUCGCAACCUGAUCUACUACAUGCUGUGUUCAAUUGUCCUGCUAUGCAUAUGUGCCAACUUGUACUUCCACGACGUGGGACGUGACAAAAAGGCCAACGCCUUAUCUUAUGAACACAAGGUAGACGGUGCGGGUCUUUCAGCACACUGAAACGGGUGACUCUUUCUUUCCGACAGCUCAUGCGGUUGUCAUGGGGUCCAGUCUGCUUCUGGAGGACCAACAGUAUUAUAGAUGUGAAUAUCCUGUAUUCUGUAGCACGGUGGAUGUGUAUGCAGAUGUUUUGCAUCCCGAGUGCCGUAUAUUCCUGCAUCGCGAGACUGUUCUUGACUAUAAGCCAUGGUUAUAUGCUGCAGAAAGCAUUUUAUAUUUGUAUAUGUUGGACGUACAUUCCCAAAUCGAGGUCUCUUGCGUUUCUGAUGCACUUACCAUAACGGAGACGCAGCCGGAACCUGGCAGGGUGAAACGCUGUUCGGGUUUCUGCUCAGGUUUCUGAAUCUCUGCACACUGUGUCAUUUGAGAUGGCCAAGUUUAAUGAUUGUUGAUUAUUUAAUUUCUAAUGUGCAUUUUAUGUAAUGAAAUAAAUCCUUGUUCCAAUG